UUUACAUCUAUUUAUGCUCCAUCCAACUCUUCUUAUUCCUCAUCACUUACUCACUUCAUACUUCACAUUUGAUUACAAAAUCAUCACAACACACUUUAGAUUACAAGAUGAGUUCAGCAACCAGAGCUUGGAUGGUAGCCGGAACUGUAGGACUGGUGGAGGCACUCAAAGAUCAAGGGUUUGCACGGUGGAACUACACCAUCAGGGCCAUCCACCAUCAUGCCAAGGCCAAUCUCCGAUCACUCUCCCAAACCAAGAAGCUUUCUUCUCCGGCAGCCAUGGCUUCAAGCAGAGGCAUUGAACAAUCAGAUGAGUCAUUGAGAAAAGUCAUGUACUUGAGCUGUUGGGGUCCCAACUGAUCAAACCCUUUGUUGAUUAAUUAGGUAGAUAUAGAGAAAUAUGUGUGUGUAAUAAUGCAUGUACAAAGUCCAACCUUCAUAAUAUAUGGAAGAGACUUCCAUUUUUAACUUGUAA